CCAUCUCCGAGAGACACACACAAUUCAAGACUACUGGAAACCUGAAUGGCUGGGUAUUGACACGCAGAGUAUCCUCGACAGGAUAGACGACCGCGACGCUUCCAUGAAUAAGAAGCUCACAAGUACUGGCUCAGGGACACCUUCCCGAGACCAUCUGACAUCGACCUACACCGAGCUGAACAUUCGUAAAGUGGAACGCCUCACCAAUGCACAAACAGAUGGUCUGGAUCCCACCUACUCUCAGCUGAAUUUUCGGCAUAAUGAACUUCCCAUCGCUAAGGAAGAAAACCCUCCUCUGGCGCCGAGAACAGGAGAAAUGCCAAUGACUGCUCAGGCAGAUGAUCUGGACCCCACCUACUCGCGGCUGAACCUUCUCCAAAAUGAGCUUCCCAUCGCUAACGAAGAAGAUCCUCCUAUUGCGUCUGGACCAGGAGAAAUGUCACACGCAGGUCCGCAUAAACAGGAGCCGAACGACAACAUCGGAAAUGGACCGGACCGUAAGAUGUCGCUACUCAGCAUGGUUACGUCCGUCCUCUUCCUGACCGUGGUCGGGCUGUCGAUCCAUGUAUCACAGAUUCGUCAGUCUAAGGUCACCUGCAACCGAACCGAUAAUGAAUUAAAUUCAACCCUUCAAUCCAUGGUUUCGGCGCUCAAUUCUAAUCUGUCUGUUCUUAAACAAAAACACAGUGAUCUCCGUCACCAGUUCUGUGGAUUAGGAAAUUUGUUCCAAGGAUUUGGUCAGAUAUGGAGACCGGUGUUACUUGUUCUCCACGUUUGA